UUUAACUUCAGUAUUAUCAAAACCAGACAUUGUUCUAAUCACUUUCCAAAGAAUGAAGAUCCUGAACCCAGUUUCUCUCAAACUCCUUCAAGUCAUACUAGUUUUCGAGCUUCAUCUUCUUGCUCUCAAUGGUACUUGGAGAGCUACGGGUGCUGCAGUUAGGUGUCCAGAAAAGGAGAGGCAAGCGUUGCUUCACUUCAAAGAUGGCCUCGUGGACAACAAUGGCCGUUUGUCUUCUUGGGGAAGCGAAGAGGAAAACAGAGAUUGUUGCCAAUGGGAUGGAGUUCACUGUAGCAACCGAACCGGACACGUAGAAAUCCUCGACCUUCACGGAGAAUUCGAUGAUUCAGGAGAACAGCAAUUCGUUUUACAGGGCAAUAUCAGUGCAUCACUGCUGGAGUUGCAGUACCUGAAAUAUUUGAACCUUAGUUACAACGAUUUCGGAGACAACCAUGUCCCAGAAUUCUUUGGCUCUCUCAGGAACUUGAGAUUCCUUGAUCUCAGAAGUUGUUAUUUUGGUGGACAAAUUCCAAGCCAACUUGGAAAUCUCUCCAACUUACGUUAUCUUGAUCUUGGAAAGAUCGGUUUAGUAGGUGAGAUUCCAUAUCAGCUUGGAUAUCUCUCGCAGUUGCUGUAUCUUGAUCUGGGAGAGAAUACUCUUGAAGGCACGAUACCUUAUCAGCUUGGGAAUCUUUCAAAGUUGCAUAAGCUUGAUCUUGGAUUCAAUGCUGCUCUCAAACUUACUAAAGAGGAGGAUCAAGGUGGAGGUCAGUGGCUAUCUAGUCUCACUUCUUUAACUCAACUAGACUUGAGCAUGGUGAUUAAUCUGAAUCAUUCUCAUAACUGGUUACAAAUGAUUGGAAAGCUUCCAAAUUUAAGACAAGUGAGCCUUACAAGCUGUAGUCUUUCUGAUGAUAGCAUCAUUCCCUUGACACCUUCAAAAUGGAAAUUUUCAGAUUCUCUUGCUAUGUUUGAUCUCUCUGACAAUAGAUUCACGUCAUCCAUUAUAUUCCAGUGGCUGUCCAAUGUGAGCUCAAACCUGGUCGAGCUUGAUCUCAGCAAAAACCACUUAAAAGGUCUUAUCCCAAAUGAAUUAGGUAAAAUGACUUCCCUAGAGUAUCUAGACCUCUCUGAAAAUACACUUCAUGGUGGAAUACCUAAAUCGUUUAGGGAUAUAUGUACCUUACAGUCAUUGACCUUGACAUAUAACCUUUUGAAUGAAGAACUUCCUACGAUUAUUGAAAAUUUGUCGGGGUGUGCCAGACAGUCUUUGCAAAACUUGGAUCUAAGUUGGAACCAAAUAACGGGAACGCUACCUGAUCUUUCCAUAUUUACGUCUUUAAAGACUUUAAUGCUCACAAAAAAUCGUUUGAAUGAGUCAAUCCCUGAAGACAUUCGAUUCUCAUCUCAGUUAGUGACUUUGUCCAUUCAUUCCAACUCUUUGAAAGGUGUCAUCACUGAGUCACAUUUUGCAAAUGCGUCUAACUUGAAGACACUUGACCUUUCUGAGAACUCACUGGCUUUGAAGUUUGGCAAGAAUUGGAUCCCAUCUUUUCAAUUGGAUCAAAUAUUUCUUAGAUCUUGCAAGUUAGGUCCUGAUUUCCCUAAUUGGUUGCACACUCAAAGUAACUUCUCAAUACUUGAUAUUUCUGAUGCCGGAAUUUCUGAUAUCGUUCCACAUUGGUUUUGGGGUUUAUUAACACCAAAUUUAUUGUGGCUCAAUGUUUCAUACAACAACUUGUGGGGUACAAUUCCAAACUCCCCGGUAAGAUUUUUUGGAUCCCCUGAUAUAUCUCUAGCUUCCAAUCAAUUUGAAGGCUUAAUUCCAUCCUUUCUACGUGGUGCUUCAGUUAUUGACCUGUCGACAAACAAGUUUUCGGAAUCUGCCACCUUUUUAUGUGAUAACAGCUCAGCCGAUGUGUUGGCCUCGUUAGAUAUUUCAAGUAAUCAAUUAUCAGGUAAACUUCCUGAUUGUUGGGAUGGUUUCACAUCAUUAAUCUAUCUGGACUUGAGUAACAAUAACUUAUCAGGAAAAAUUCCUCCUUCCAUUGGAUCUCUUCUUGCACUUCAAGCAUUGAUCAUGAGAAGCAAUAAGUUAACUGGGGAGUUGCCUUCCUCUUUGAAGACUUGCACGAGCCUUAAAAUGCUAGAUGUAGGGGAAAACAGAUUGUCAGGACCUAUACCUUCAUGGCUUGGAGAUGAAUUACAACAGUUACAGAUGUUAAGUUUGCGAAAUAAUCGCUUUUCAGGAAGCUUACCAUUGCAUCUUUGUUAUUUAACAAGCCUUCAGCUCUUAGAUCUCUCUCUGAACAAUCUAUCCGGGCAAAUAUUCAAAUGCUUGAAGAAUUUUACUUCAAUGAUCCAGGAGAGUUCAACAAAUCUAAUGAGUCCUUCCAUGUCCAGUAACGGAUCAACACCCUUCUAUCAAUAUGAUAUAAUUGCAUUGCUCAUGUGGAAAGGUGCACCACAAAUGUUUAAGCAUAGCAAGUUGUUGAAAAGCAUUGAUCUUUCAAGCAACCAAAUAAAGGGAGUAAUUCCAGAGGAAAUAGUGGAUUUAGUUGAGUUGAUUUCUUUAAACCUAUCAAGAAACAGCUUGUCUGGAAGAGUUCCCUUUGGGAUUGGUAGGUUAAUGUCAUUAGAAUUUCUUGACUUGUCAAGAAACAAUCUAUCUGGAUCAAUCCCUUCUAGUCUUGCUCUUAUUGACCGUCUGACCAUGUUGGAUUUAUCACAUAACCAACUAUCUGGGAAAAUCCCAACUGGCACACAGUUGCAAAGUUUUAAUGGCUCAAGCUAUGAAGAAAAUCUUGAUCUUUGUGGAAAACCACUUUAUAAAUCGUGUUAUGAGGAGAAAACACCUCAAGAACCAGUUGAGGUCCAAGAAGAUGAGGAUUCAUUUAUAUCCAAAGGCUUUUAUUUGAGUAUAUCACUUGGAUUUAUAAUAGGAUUCUGGGGUAUCUUUGGCUCAAUAUAUUUCAAUCGUUCUUGGAGACAUGCCUACUUCAAGUUCUUGGGCAAUGUGGCUGACUGGAUUUAUGUCAAGGCAGCGCUGAAUGUAGCAAAAUCCCGGAGGUGACUUGGAAGCUAACUAGUGACCUUUCUGCAGGAGAAAAUUUCCCUGAAGUCAUCUACUUUGGGCCUGGUUUCCUACGCUGGAGAUCUGUCAGGGGACUAGGUUUGCUGUGUGAAAAAAUGGAAAUAAUUUCAAUAUCUGAUAAUUAGCAAUGUAAUUAGUUAUUUCACAGCACACGAAGCUGCUUUGGAAGUGUAUGAUUAGCUUUUGCACUGUGCUGUGUUAUUACAGUCACAUAAAGACAGUAGAUUGGCAAGCCACAAAA